GUGUGUGUGAGAGGAUGGAGGCUGGGCCUGAGCCAACAUUACAAAAAGUGAGGCAGUUGGACAAAGCAAGGGGACGACUGGACGCUUGGCGCAGAAGGAAGACUCCUGCCAUCGACGACCCGUAUUACAAGCGAAAAGAGAGGAUCUUCUGUCCAGAUGAGAGAGUGGACUGAGUUGGAGAUGAGCUUUUCGGCAGGGGGGUUUCUCUCCGCCUCGGAUGGUUACUGCUCCACAGAGCAGCAGCUGCAGUACUAUGACUUGCUGGCUGACCCUCUGGGCUACCCCCUGCAGGACCCUGACCUCCAGCUGCUCCCUUACAGCCAACAACAGUACAGCCAUGCCAACCUGCCCUUCUCCCUCUACGGCUCUCCACCCUCCUCCACCUCCUCCCCCUCCUCCUCCUCUUCUUCCUCCUCACAGCCCUGCCACCCUGCCUACCACUACAGCCCUCACUGCCUGGAGGCCCCCUGUGAUCCCAACCCCGAGCCGCACUGCGGGGGCCUAGUCCAGGGCCUCGGGGCCGCGGGGCUGCCCCUGGGGCGGAGGACGCGGGUGGGCAUGGGAGGAAAGAGCAGAGGUCAGGACGAGCUGUGCGUGGUGUGCGGUGACAAAGCGUCCGGGUAUCACUACAACGCUCUCACCUGUGAGGGAUGCAAAGGUUUCUUCAGGCGUAGCGUGACUAAGAAGGCAGUGUAUCACUGUAAGAGCGGCGGUGGCUGCGAGAUGGACAUGUAUAUGAGGAGGAAGUGCCAAGACUGUCGGCUGAGGAAGUGCCGGGCUGUGGGGAUGCUGGCUGAGUGCCUUCUGACGGAGGUGCAGUGCCAGUCCAAACGACUCAGGAAAGGAGGCAAAGGCCGAGGACAGGAGGAAGAGGAGAGCGCAGACAGCAGGAGGGUCAGCUCCAGCAGCAGACUACCUGCACAGGCUUUGUCUGCCACUCUAACCCGAGAACAGAAGUACAUUGUGGACAGGAUGGUGGAGGCCCAUCGCCUGUACAGAGCACAGGACAGCAGCCACUGCAGGUUGUUUGAUUGGCCGUGCACAGAAGAAGGGGAGGUGUUGUCUGAUGUUGUGUCACCUCACCUGCAAAGACUGCUACAGUUUGCCAGGACGGUGCCAGGUUUUGACCUCCUGGAUUACUCAGACCAGAGCUCUCUCUUGUCCAUCUCCUCCCUGGAGGUCAUGUUCUUGCUCUCCGCUCAGCACUUCUGCCACAACCCAACAAGCCCCAGUCCAGUCAUGCAGCUAUUCAGCAUGUCAACACACAACUGGCUGAGGAAUGUAGAGUCAAAGGAAAACAUCCACAGCAGGACAUUGGUGAACUCAGGAGGCAGCGAGGAUCUCUUCGGGCCGGUGCUCAACUUCUUCCAUAGCAUGGCGACGCUGAGGGUGACGGAGGCUGAAUACACCCUGCUCACUGCUACAGCUCUGCUCUGCUCAGACCGUGCAUCCCUGCAGGCGGCCGGCUGUGUUGAGAAGAUGCAGGAACUGAUCCUGGACCUGCUGUCCAGGGUGUGUGGGUCCCAGGCUGGAGCUGCGCGAGGAGGACCGCAACGGUUCGGCCGUCUGCUGGGCAGACUGACGGAGCUACGAACCCUUCGUCACAACUACCUCCUCCUGACAAGACAGCAGCCUGGACUCUGAUGGAGAGAGGACGUACCAGAAAUCUGAAAAAUGGCCACUACCAUCCCUGAGGAGUUUCAAGGACUAAAUGGUCCCAUAUGAGCUGAGAAACUCUAGAGAAAGAUUUUGGAUAUGCAUCGCAGUCUGAUCAGUAUCACCUGAUACUGAUCAGACUGUGAUGGAUUCUUUGGCUCGCUGUUGUUUUUUUUGCUCAGUUGACUUCGGUUUAUUCAGUCCUGCAGCCAUUGAGUUUUAGCCUCUAAUGGGACAGAAGCAUGUUUGUGGACUGCUGUAGUUUGUUUGGACAAAAGAUAUUUUAUAGUCUUUUUAUAACUGUUGUAUACAGCUAGCAUGUAAACUUACAGUACUUUUUACUAUGCUGAGUAUUGUUACAAUAAACAAAAAUGCAGACUGAUGUCCACUGGACAUCAUUUU